AUGAGCUCUUCUUCUUCGUCCUGGUCAGCUCCACCGCCGUCCUACUUCCCGACCUAUGCGUUGGACCAAGCCUUCUGCGGCAUAGGAGCCGGUAUCGUCUCGACGCUAUGCAUGCAACCCCUCGAUCUGCUCAAGGUGCGAUUCCAAGUCGCCACCACCACCACCACCACCACCACCCCGUCGGCGCAUGUAGCUUCCCCCGCGCCCGGAGGACCAGGACCACCGGCAGGCGUGGUCGCGUCGAUGGCACGAGUCAAGACGAUGGCACGAGUCAAGACGAUGGCACGAGUCAAGACGAUGGCGAGAGCGAGUUGGGGGCAUCAGUCGAUCUGGAAUGGGUUGACCACGAUCGUCAAGGAACGUGGCGGGAUCAAGGGGUUGUACAGAGGAAUCACACCGAACCUAGUGGGCAAUGCAGCGAGUUGGGGCUUAUACUUCCUUUGGUCAGUCCCCAGGCGCGGCGCCGACGGAUCAUGCUCGGGCCACACAUGCAGGUGCACUGACAGCAAGUUUCCGUCCCGACAGGUACACCAUGUUGAAGAAUCGAGCGAUGGAGAAAUCACAGGCGGGCGGAGCGGCUACACUUUCCCCGGCGCAGCAUCUGUUGGCUUCGGCUGAAUCGGGUCAGUCACGUGAGAAGAGGAGAGCAGCGCGAUGGCCAUACCGAGCAAGGAGACGGACGACGAAGACUUCCAAGGCGAUCGUGCAACGCGCGCAUGGAAGAUUACUGACUUGAUUUCCGUUCGUCUGACCCUCGUCAUCAGGUGUCAUCACCGCGGUCAUGACCAAUCCUCUCUGGGUCGUCAAAACUCGCAUGUUCACCACCUCAGCCUCGCAGCAGACCGCUUACAAGGGUGUGAUCGGUACGUCAUCUCCAGUACAUGCCAAACGUAUGGGAGCUACAUACUUACUCCUCUUCCACUUUUUCACUCCUGCAUAGACGGCCUCUACCGCCUCGCAACGGAAGAAGGGGCCCGAGGUCUCGGCAAAGGUUUGGUCCUGGCCUUGAUCGGCGUCUCGAACGGCGCGAUUCAGUUCAUGACGUACGAAGAGUUGAAGGGGUGGAGGCAAGAGGUCAAGCGACGGAGAUUGGGACCGGGUGCUGACGAAAGCAAGAUCAAGGAACUGGUCAAUUUUCGCUCGCUCGUUAUGUAGUCGGAAAACCGCGGAGGCGUUCACCAUCUGACCCACUUUCAUCCUCUGUUCGACAGACCAACACGGAAUACAUACUCAUGUCCGGAUCCGCCAAGCUCGUCGCGAUCGGUUUGACCUACCCCUACCAAGUCGUGCGUUCUCGGAUCCAAUACCAAUCCCUCCUCGUGUCCCGCAUCGAACCCUACAAAUCCAUCCCCGAUUGCAUCCGGAGGACCUACCUCGAAAGUGGGUGGAAAGGGUUUUACAAAGGCUUGGGGACGAACGCGGUGAGGAUCUUGCCCGGGACCUGUGUGACUUUUGUGGUAUAUGAGCAGUUGAGUAGGAGUCUGGAGAGGAGGGCUAGGAGGGACAGGGACGGGAGAGGGAGAGGGAAGGAAGGAGAGGUGGACGUACGGACACAGAAUUGA